AUGAGUGACAUUUCAGAUAAAGAAGAAUACGUACCAGAAGAUUACCUCGAUGACUCGAGAAAUAUUACCAGAUCAAAAACUGGAAGAUCUAUACAAUCAGAUGCUGCAGUCCUGAGAAUUGUAUCUGAGCUUGAAGAAGGAGCUGGUGCACUUGGUGACUUAGAGCAACCUUAUGAUUUGCAAAGAAAAUUAACACACCAGGAUCCAACUUCAAAGCCUCAUCCUGAAGACCCUUGGGCAUACUUGGUAGACAUUGAUACUCAAUUGCGUAUAGUUGAAUUUGUUGAAAAUGAUGAUAAGAAUCCACAAAAUCUCUCCAAUGGUGUGAAAUGGGCUUAUACCUUCUUAUUAGGUGCCGUUUGCUUCGUCGUUGCUUUAGGAUCUGCAAUAGUUACUGGGGAUUUAGAACGUCCAAGGAACUAUUUUGGAGUAAGCGAAGAAGUGAUAAUCUUAGCUUCUGUGACAAUGUUUGUCUUAGGGUUUGGUUUUGGUCCAUGUGUGUUCGCUCCACUAUCAGAAGAAAUUGGAAGAAGACCAGUCUACGUCUCAACUUUAUUUGUUGCAAUCAUAUUUAUCAUUCCUUGUGCAUUGGCUAAAAACAUUGGAACAUUAAUCGUUUGCAGAUUAAUUGAUGGUCUUGCCUUUUCUGCUCCAAUGACUUUAAUCGGAGGAUCAUUAGCUGAUAUUUGGCACGGAAAGAAUAGAGGCCAAGCAAUGGCUAUUUUUUCAGCUGCUCCAUUUUUAGGACCAGUAAUGGGUCCAAUCUUCGGAGGAUUAUUAGCAGAUAAUGCCCCAACUUGGAGAUGGAUUUACUGGACAUUUUUAAUAAUUGCAGGUACAUUGUACGUGAUAUUCAUAUUUGCACUUCCAGAGACCCACCACAGUACCAUUUUAAAGAAAAGAGCACAAUACUUAAGAAAAGUGACUGGAGAUGAUUCAUACAAAAGUUUGAGUGAAUUGAAAGUAAGAACAUUGGCUAAAGUAGCAGAAGAAUCUUUUUUAAGACCUUUUGUUUUGUUAAGGGAAUUGAUUGUUUUUUUAAUGACCUUGUAUAUGUCAGUUGUCUACGGUUUACUUUACAUGUUUUUCUUUGCAUACCCAGUUGUUUUUAUGGAAGGUAAGGGAUGGUCAGCCUCCAAGACCGGUAUUAUGUUUAUUCCAAUUGGAGUUGGUGUAAUUGCAUCCACAGCAAUUGCCCCAUUUAUCAACAGUGACUACAAUAAAAGAGCACAAGUCUACAGAGACAGAGGUGAAUUACCUCCAGCUGAGUUGAGAUUAAUUCCAAUGAUGGUUGGGUGUUGGUUUGUACCAGCUGGGCUUUUUGCCUUUGCUUGGAGUUCAUAUCCAUCAGUAUCGUGGGCUGGUCCUUGCUUCAGUGGUUUUGCAGCAGGUUUCGGAUUCUGCUGCUUGUAUAACCCAGCAAACAACUACAUUGUUGAUUCUUAUCAACACUAUGCUGCAUCAGCUUUGGCUGCGAAAACUUUAGUAAGAUCAAUCUGGGGUGCAUGUGUUCCUUUAUUUACUAUUCAAAUGUAUCACAAGCUUGGAUAUGAAUGGGCAUCGAGUUUAAUGGCAUUCAUUUCAUUAGCAUGCUGUGCAAUUCCUUUCUUGUUCUACAUUUAUGGAGCAAGGAUCAGAACGUAUUCCAAAUAUGCCUACUCACCUGAAAUGGAUACUAAGAGAGAUGUCGAAAACCAAAAAUAA